CACUGGUACCUGCAGGCCCCUCCCCGGUUCUCUAGGGCCCGCCCUCUCCUUUCACUCUGGGCGACGCGGCGCCUAUCCCGGCCGCACCGGUCCCUCCCGGCUUACGCGAGGCUCCCAUGGCUGUGGCGGUGGCCCCGUGGGGGCGACAGUGGGAAGAGGCCCGCGCCCUGGGCCGGGCAGUGAGGAUGCUGCAGCGCCUAGAAGAGCAAUGCGGCGACCCUCGGCUGUCCCUCAGUCCCCCUUCGCUGCGGGACCUGCUGCCCCGCACAGCGCAGCUGCUUCGAGAGGUGGCCCGUGAUCGGCGGGCGGCUGGCGGAGGUGGCCCCGGGGGUCCCGGCGGCUCCAGGGACUUUCUCCUCGUCUACCUGGCCAAUCUGGAGGCCAAGAGCAGGCAGGUGGGCGCGCUGCUGCCGCCCCGGGGCCGAAGGGGUGCCAACGACGAGCUCUUCCGGGCGGGCUCCAGACUCAGGCGACAGCUGGCCAAGCUGGCCAUCAUCUUCAGCCACAUGCACGCAGAGCUGCACGCACUCUUCCCCGGAGGGAAGUACUGUGGACACGUGUACCAGCUCACCAAGGCCCCAGCCCACAUCUUCUGGAGGGAGCGUUGUGGAGCCCGGUGCGUGCUGCCCUGGGCUGAGUUUGAGUCCCUCCUGGGCACCUGCCACCCUGUGGAACCAGGCUGCACAGCCCUGGCCUUGCGCACCACCAUCGACCUCACCUGCAGCGGGCACGUGUCCAUCUUCGAGUUCGACGUCUUCACCAGGCUCUUCCAGCCAUGGCCAACACUCCUCAAGAACUGGCAGCUCCUGGCAGUCAACCACCCGGGCUACAUGGCCUUCCUCACCUAUGAUGAGGUCCGAGAGCGUCUGCAGGCCUGCAGGGACAAGCCAGGAAGGUAAAGGGUCCGGG